AUGCUACCCAAGGUAGCGAGCCAUAUCGGCAGGGCCGUAGCCGCGGUCCACUCCCAGACUACCCACGCCGUUCGCAAUGCCCUCCAGCUCCAGUCAUCUUCUGGCCCUGCAGGAAACAUAGGCUCGUGGAAUGGUACCUCCUCGAGCUCCGGCUGGGGAAAUUAUGGCGCAGGCUCUGGUGGCGCAAAGUACCACGCCGGCAGUCGCUUUCAGGGCGGAUACACGGGACCAGGCCGUGCUAUCACACAGGCCGAGCCGGUUUCAAAUGAUGCUAGGAACGACGACGACGACGAUGUUCCUUUCUCACGCCGCCGGGGCCGUACCCUCGCGAGGCGGAAGAGUCUCUCGUUCAUCACGCAGGAGCGUCCUGGCGAAAAGCUUAGGGUGCUGAAGACCGUGCAGUCGCACGUCAGGUCUUUCCAUGCUGUGGCGGAAGCACCAGCCGCGGAGGCUCCCCCAGCGCCACCCCCGCCAGCGCUGGUCGCACAGCGCGUGGAGGGGCAACAGCGGCCCGAGGAGGCCGACAAGUACUCGAACACAGCGUUGUACAAUGCGGCGCUAGUGGCACUGAGCCAGGUGCGGAAACCCGGCGAAUCGCUGCAGGCGAUAUUGGAGACGUACAACGAGAUGCUGUCGCGGUCCAUCCUGCCGAACAUGAAGACAUACUCGAUCCUGAUACACGCUCUCACGGACAGGGACCACGAGAUCCAGAAGGCCUUGCCGGUGUUGGAGUGGCGUGCAUCGCACGAACAGAUGUCGUCGUCUCAGGCUCAGCAGGAAAUUGAGAAGCUGCAGGCGGAGAAUAAUUUUGGCUCGGCCUUUACGCUGUUCCAGACGGUGUGCGCGAUCCCCAGGGCGAGGCCCACGGUGAAUAUUUACAACAGGCUGCUACGAUCGUGUGCGAUCCACUCAAAUGUGGACGCGGCGAUUUACGUCUUCGCACAUCUAGAGCAACGCAAAGACGUUUCUCCAACUUGUGACACGUUCCGGUAUCUGAUUGAGGUCUACACUGCAACGGGUGAUAUCAAUGGGGCGAAGGAGGUUUUCGAAGAGUACAAGGACGCCUGUCAUUCGAAUCGGAUCUCCUGGAAACAGGAAGAAACUACGGACAGCGCUAUCAUCACGGCUGGUCGCUGUGCGCAUCUCAUCGUCUAUAACACAAUGAUCGAGGCGUAUAUUCGCUGCGGACAGUCGACAAACGGCAUAGGGCUGUUGGAGCAGAUGCUCGACUCCAAGGCCGGUCCGGCGUUCGCGCCCGAGGAUAUUCCAAAUCCUUGCGCAGCGACGUACGCGCGCAUGAUACACGCGUUCUGUGUAAUAGGAGACGUUCGCGAUGCCCUCGCGUGGUUCGAGAGGUUACUGCAGCAGGAUACCAGCCCAGGUCAUCCCUUCGAGACCUCGAAGAUACCUACCAGGCCUCCUCAGGAUGGGUGGAACAUUAUAUUGGGUGUGCUCGCUGACCACGAUAUGGUUGCGGAUUUAAACCGGUUAUUUGCGCGCCAGUUGGAGCUUGCCGAACAGGAUGGUCUGCAUAUCCGAGAGAAUGAUCGGGUAUCUGUCUUGCGCGCGAACUUGCACUACCUGGAUGUUCAUCCCGAGAUCGAGGAUGCAGCUGCCGUGGAGACGCUGGAUUUCUUGGCCAACAUUGUCCUCCCUGGUGACAUGGAGCUUGUGCGAUUCUUUAGCCAGUCAGAAAUGGUCUUGCAAUCCAUGGCUAGACUUUGCCUGGCGCACAAUCACGCGGAAUGUGCCUUGGGCUUGCUAGAGAGAUACGUCGCUGAACAAAGCCGGGAAAUUGAAGCCGUGCAGGCCAUGGAAGGCAGCCUCGAUCUUAAUCGCAGGGUUGAUUUCUUGCGCGCAUUCAUUGAAGAUAUCACGGGCUUCUUCUUGGACAACGGGCGUGUGCAGUUGUCUCUGGAACAGGUGCUUCGACUUGCAGCGCUUAAUAACGAUAUCGGCGUGCUGCUUCCCGUGUAUGCCCCAGAGCUGCUCAGUGCAUAUAAAGCGGCCAAAUCCCAGGGAGGUAUACCUCAGCUGUCGCCAAAGCAAUGGGGAACUCUUAUUAAUGCUGGCUUGCAAGGAUUGAAGAGACAGACCUCUGCGUAUGAGGCUGUAUCUGAAUUCGAGGAGUUGCUCCGUGACGUCGCUCUCACCGAUAUUGACCCCUUCACUACUUUCAGCAUCGGCAUGUUGACUCACAUAGUCGACACGUUACUGAGUCGAUAUGACUUCGAAGUGGUAUCGGCCUUCUUUACAUCUCUGGGACCCAAGUACGACAAGAUGGCAGCAGUCAUGGCUGACUUCAGACACCAGAAAAUGCAAAUGCCUGCAUCUACGGAAAAUUUGAAACUCGAGAUCGAGCCGCCUAUCACCCCGGUUCGUUUCAACAUGACGCACAGCAAGUAUGUGGAUCAGUUUAUUGGCCCAAAGGCGAAGGUGUCUCCGCUGGUGGCAUAUCAUCGCUACAAAUCGGGCUUGCGCAACAACAAUUACCCUCGCCCGGAAGUCAUUGCGCAGCUCAUUGGAUCUUUGGGCCGAUCGGGCGAGGUGGAGAAGAUGCACGAGCUAUACCAGACUGCGCAACUCGUAUUGGCCUCCAUGGAAGGAAACAAGAAGUGGCAGUCGGUGAGCUGGUUCCAGGUCGAGGACUACAUGGUCAUUGGACUCGCGCACGCCGGCGACCUUGAGGCCGCGCAUGUCCAUCGCAUGCGGAUCUUGGAGCAGGGCGGUACUCCGUCAGCCGAUGCAUACGGAGCCCUUAUCCACCUCGUGAAGGACACCACGGAUGACACCUCAAACGCGAUGGCGCUCUGGCAGGAAUCUCAGGCUCGAGGUGUUGUGCCGAAUAUCUACCUCUACAACACGAUUAUCUCUAAGCUGGCUAAGGCGCGCAAGGCCGACCACGCGCUGGAGCUGUUUCAACAGAUGAAGACACGUCACCUCUUCCCGACAUCUGUCACCUACGGUGCUGUCAUUGCGGCGUGCUGCCGUGUCGGUGAUGUCGUCUCUGCGGAGGUUCUGUUCGAUGAGAUGUUGGCGCAGCGCAACUUCAAGCCCCGUGUGCCCCCUUACAACACCAUGAUGCAGUUGUACACUCACACGAAACCUGACCGUGAGCGCGUUCUUUACUACUUCAACGCUCUCCAAGCGGCAAAUGUUAAACCUACGGCGCACACGUACAAGCUGCUCAUAGAUGCUUAUGGUUGCAUUGAGCCCGUAGAUAUUCAGGCGAUGGAGAGCAACUUCGAAAGCCUCACGGAAGGAGAACACCCUAUGGUCCAGGGUACACACUGGGCAGCGCUGAUCAAUGCCUACGGGUGUGUGCAGAAAAACCUCGAGAAGGCGCUUGCGAUCUUCGACUCCAUUGCCACACACCCGUCGACUCUACACUCGGGCGCGGCGUUGCCUGACGCGGUCGUCUUUGAGGCGCUCAUCAAUGUUCUCGUUACCCUCCGCCGGCCGGACCUCAUUCCCGUCUACACUGAGCGCCUCGUAUCGUACGGCGUUCAUAUGACAGCGUAUAUUGCAAACCUGCUUAUCAAAGGAUACGCAUCCACUGGCGACAUCGAGCGUGCGCGCGAAAUUUUCGAGAGCCUCGCAGAUCCUCCAGAGGGUGUCGCUGCGCCACACAAUCAUGCACCACAUGAUGACGAAACAGCUCAUACUAUUCAAGUCCCAGUUACCGCUCCGGUAUAUCGCGAGCCAUCUACUUGGGAGGCUAUGGUGCGCGCGGAACUCGGCAACGGCAAUCGCGACAAUGCUGUGGCGCUGCUGAACCGUGUGCAGGCUAGAAAAUUCCCCCCUGCGGUGUACAACCGCAUCAGCGGGAUUAUGCUCGACGACUCCGUAUCCCCCUGGCCCUCUUCUGAUUCAGUAUCGUCUCCGACAACAUGGGCGAUGACUGAGUCGUCCUCCGCCUCCAUCCCUAGCCCUUGA